GUGAAAUUUUUGUUUCAUUUCUUUCUUCUUGCCUAUAUAAGAAACACUUGUUCUCCUUCAUCCCUAACCCAAACUUCUUCUUUCUUCUUCCAUUCUACUCCUUGUUGUGUGGAGAACAAUCCGCAAGUGAUCGCCGCCGUUAAAGUCAGCGGAGGUAGCCACGAUUCUUGCCGGAAGUUACCCCGGAAAAGUUGAAAGAAGAAAACAUCCCCUGUACAAAUCAGCCCACUUCUUCAAAUGGUUCGCGAUUUCGUUAAGUAACGAAGGAGAUAUGGCCCGAAAACCAGGGCUGGUACAGUGGUGACGGGAAGUGACGGUUUUGGUAAUUUCCGACAUUGUUUUCGCUCCCGUUCGUUCAUUGAGCUUCAUCUCGUCGAUUUCCAGGUAUGAGAUCAGAGAGAAUAAAUGUGGAGCCUAUUCGGGAGAUUACUGAAAUGGAGUCUCAUUGUCAUUUGGAAAUUUGAAACCACAGAAACCCUAGAUUUUCCAUUUCCACGGGACGCAGCUCCCGCUCAACGCUGAAGCAAUGCAUUUCCUGAUUAGAAGAACGCUCUCACGCUCUUCUCUCUCGCCAUCAAAGCCAAGCAAUUGCAUUCUCUUGAUCAAAACCCUAGCUUCACUCCCGCAAGCCUCCGUCCAUCCCUCCCCGAAACCGGGAGAACCGUCGUAUUCCACGGCGUUUUACGUGCUGAAUUCCCCGAAAGUCGCAAAAGAAUCCGGCGCCGCCUCUUCUUCCUGGCGGAAGCCCAGCGUGAUUCCGUUCCAAGGCAAGGCUGCAAACUCUGUGAAAUUGAUCGGGUGCGUGCAAUUGCCUGUUCAGUUCCAGACCUUGCCCGAUGGAAAGCCUGUGGCCGCGACCGUCAUUAAGCAAGAUAACCACGAACUCAGCACGGCAAUGUCUCUCUCUGUGCCGUAUCUGCCUUCUGUAUUGAUUCCUGUUGUGUUCGAGGGCGAUUUGGCUCAUGUUGUGAAGUGCCAUGUGAAGGAGACUGCUUGUGUGUUUGUGUCUGGGAAAUUAUGUGGAGACCCUUUGCCCUUUGCGGUUGGCGAUCACGAAGGGAGCUUUCAUAUUGUGGCUCAAGAUGUCUACUUCGUACAGGGCAGAGUUGAAGGGAAGGCUCCUGGCAGAGGAAAUGGGGCAGUGAUUUCUGAUUCAAACACCGCCCCAGAUGAUGUUAAGGCGAAAGAAUUGAAAAAUGGGGAAGUGGAUUGUGGUUCAAGAACUGCCCAUGAGGUUUUCAUGCGUAAGGACGUCGAAAAAGGUGCUGCUGUAAGUGAAGAUUGGUGGGAUUUGAUCAACAAUCCAAACGAGUGGCUGGAUUACAGGCGAAGGAAGUCUGAGGGGACAGUGAAAUCUAAACACCCGGAUUUUAAGCACGCGGCAAAAGGUACCGCGCUAUGGCUCAGCAAUGAGACCCCAGAGGAGGUGGUGAAAGCACUCCAAGGAUUGAACUUUAGUUCAGGACAGUUUAAGAAUGUGAAGGAGGAGCUGUGGAAGCGUUUGGUGGAGAAUCCUGAAAAAUGGUGGGAUAACAGGUCAAGCAAAUGGAAUGAGAAAGCUCCUGACUUCAAAAACAAAGAAUCGGGCGAAGGGUUGUGGUUAAGCAGUGCACCUGAGUGGGUAGAAUCCAAGCUGCCACCUCCGCCAAACAAGCCAAAUGUUGCUCGGUCUUCCACCCCACAGGUAAGUUAAACCAGCUGGCUAAGGCCCUCUUUUGCGAGGCAUGCUUAAAAUUGUUGGUGUUUGGACUAGUUGCUGAUGUUCCUUAAACAGAAGUCCUUUUAGGGCCCCGUGGAUUCUCUCUUGACACGGAAUUUUUGCGGUGUGGGUGAAGUUUAAGCUGUUUUCUAGCUUCAAAUUUCACAUUCUCACUACACCAAUUUACCAAGGGUCCUAUAUUUUGCAAGAUCAGAUUUUGCUGCAUGUGUAUUUACCUUUAUAUGGACAUCUUGCUUCUUUGUUCUUAGUAUCUUAAAAAAUAUCCCUUUAAUGG